UAAAUAUGAACUUUUGAAUUCUUUAUGUGUUCAAAUUCGUUACUUGAUACGCAUAUUUAUAUAAGUUGAUUAGUAGUCGGAUGUAAAUAUUUGGAUGUUAAAGUAAAGACGGUAUCACCUGGAAAUUUCUAUUAAGUAGUCGCAAUAUUGAAGGUGAUUUCUCUCGCUAGUGACAAUGACUAGUCAACGAGAUGCAUUCAGUUACCGGAGCGUGUCUCCGGCAAUGUCACCCCAGCUAUCUCCACAGACAUCUCCACCAUCUUCACCAUUCUUUUCAAAGACAGAAGACCAUACAAGGCAUGAACGUAGAUUAUCAGCGAAUGCUAAAAGACAGAAAUAUUUGAGACGGCUGUUGAAAUUUAAACAGAUGGACUUUGAAUAUGCAUUUUGGCAAAUGAUUUACUUGUUUGUAGCACCACAAAAAGUAUACAGAAAUUUUCAGUACAGAAAAAACACAAAAGACCAGUGGGCAAGAGACGACCCAGCUUUUCUCGUCUUACUGAGUUUCUGGUUGAUAAUUUCCUCUGUUGGGUUUGCUGUGGUGCUUGGAUUACAUUUUCUGGGAUUUCUCAAGUUCAUAGUGUGGGUUGUAUUUGUGGAUUGUAUAGGUGUGGGAUUACUAAUUGCUACAUUGUUCUGGUUUAUAACAAACAGAUAUAUGGUGAUAUCUCCGCCGAGGGGUCAGGAGAUUCCAAAGGGUCAGGAUGUAGAGUGGGGCUAUGCGUUUGAUGUACAUCUCAAUGCUUUCUUCCCACUUCUCAUGAUACUGCAUCUCUUUCAGCUGGCUUUUCUGCACUCUGUGAUAAAUCAAGACUGGUUCAUUGGUCGUUUCUUUGGUAACACUCUCUGGUUGGUGGCCAUUUGUUACUAUAUAUACAUAACAUUUCUUGGAUACAGUGCAUUGCCAUUUUUAAAGAACACACGAGCAUUGUUGUUUCCUGUGACAGGAGUGAUAAUUGUUUAUGUACUGUCUUUGAUUCUAAACUGGAACUUCAGUUGGCAUAUGUGUACGUUCUACAGAUUUCGUGUAUUCUAGCAGUGUGUACAGCGACCACACGGAUCCAAGAUACAUAAUAGAGAUUGUGAAAAAUGUAGAUAUGUACAGAAUGUGUUUUUGUAAUUAAAAUAUUUUGGGAUCACAAUGUCUGUUGCAGAUUUGUUUUUAUAUAAGUUGAAUGAAUCUGUUAUAUGCUUUUAUGAAAUUUUCAGCUGGAGUAGUAAUAAGUAAAGUAUUUAACUCUGUCUUUUAAAGACAAAGCAAUGUAUUUUGACAUUAAUAGCUUCUUAAGCAUAUAUAUAUCUGGUUUAUGAGGUUUUCAGUGGGCAGUUAAGCCUAAUUUAUGACUAAAUUUAACAAACAGCCAUGAAAGACAAUGAAUAAUAACUGCAGUAAUUAAAUAACUAUUACUGUAUACUGAAGUGAGCAGAAGAGUCCAGAUGUAACUAGGGCUUGCCCAGUUGGUAGAGCAUGGGACUAUAAACUAGGUCAUAGGUUUUAUUUCCUGGGCAAGUUGAAUGUUCUCCAUGCUAAUUUAAAAGAAGAGAAAAUAUCUUUGAUUUGUUGGGUAAAUACUUGCCCAGACUAAGUCAGGAUUGCUACAGAAUCAGGAAACCCUAGUUAGGUUAAACUGUUUACUGACUCAGAUAUUGUUGAAAACCAUAGUUUAACCAAUAUCAUAAAAAAACUAAAAAUGUACCUACAUGAAUGUGAUACCUACUGAAAGUAGAUAGAAUUUUUGUGUACUAAAUGAAGGGACAUAACUGAUGGUUAACAGCAAAGAAUACCUCGGAGAGUGCAUACAUGGUCUGUGUAAUGUUUAGGUGUUCUGUGUAACACUUUCCUAAUUUAUAUAUAUCUUGUAAAUACUACACUUGUACAAAGGGGUGAAUAAGGACUGGGAGGGGCUUUUAGACAUCAGAUCUGCUAGCAUAUUUUAUAAUGUCUGUAGUAGUUUUCCUCUAUGGAAAACAUUCUUGAGACUAUCAUCUUUUUUUCAAUUAAAACUACUUUUCUAGACUUCUUAAUAUCGCUUUAUUUUUAUGUGCCUGUUUCGGAAAAAUGGACAUAUUAUGUAAUGGUGCAUGCAUCUGUCUGUUCGUCCGUCAUAUUUUGUGUCCGAAACAUAAUUACUAUUCAAAAUAUUGACUGAACUUUACAUAUAGGUAGGCAGCAAUGAGACGAUUUACAGAGAGCAUGAACUAAGUUGAUAGGUCAAAAGUCAUUGUCACAAAUGGAGCUCAAAGAUACAUAUUUCCCAAAUAUUUUGUGCCUGGAGCGUAACUUAAUAACUAUUCAAGGUAUUGACUUUAAACUUGGUAUAUAAGUUGGGAUAUUGAGGGAUGCAACAAUCCCCAUUACUUGCCUAACACCCUCCACUAACACAGCUGUCUUGAUCUUUAGCACCCUUGGUUGGACCUCGCUUAAGUUUGCUGUUACAGUAAUGGUUACACAUUUUUGGGCCAUGGCAACAAUUUUUUUUUAAAAAAGCUUUUAAGAUAUCUGGUCCACAAAUAAGCAAGUUCUAUAUAACAGUGCUAUUAAAAUAUAUCAGAUAUUGAUGCCAUGUAAGCUCAUAUAAUUUUGGUGUUAUUUGAAAGAGAAUUGUCUACUGAAAAAGAAAAUAUAAAUUACAUGACAAAAAUAUUUUAUAGAAUUAGUUCUUUUACUUUGUAGUUUUCAAUGAUACUUCAACAGAAAUCCAGUUAUUACAGAUCUAUCAUUUCACAGUCAAUAACAUGGCUGAAAAAAGGUCAAGUGACUUAGGGCCUCUUGUAUUAAUAUAUUGUUACCUCUAUAUCCAAUGAAACAUUUAUGAUCAAGAAUUUUCACAGGAAGCAUACAGUUGUGUAAAUGCUUCAGCCGUCUGUAGUGUAAGCGUAUACCUCUUAUCAUGUUAUACUCGUGUUCAGAACAUCAAAGUAUAUUUGGUAGUACAUAUAGAUACGCACCUGGUUUUUUUUUUUUAAUCAAGAUGUUUGUGUGGUUUAUCAACUGAUAACGUGGGAGCGUACUGUUCAGGAGCAGUAAUUUAACCAGGACAUGGUUCGAGUGGUUGAAUAUCAGAUAAUAAAUCACAACAAAGCCAUCAUUAUUUUCAUUCUUACAUGAUCAUAAAUCUUAGAGUACUAUGAUAUAGAAAUAUGCAGAGUAGAUGAUCUAUAUUCAUUGUUAGGUAAUGAACUUGAUGUUAUGAACUUUUAUCUUCAUGUAAGAAUGAUUAAUGGUUUAACUUGUUUUAACAUAUGUCUUGAAGAUUUGUGGCAAGGAAUUAUGUAAUUUUUAUAGGUAGAUACACUUUGUUUUUGCCAUGUUUACAAGAUUUAUAUCAAUUUAUAACUUCCGUUGAACAAAAUCAAUUUCUUUAUUUUUUAGCUACAGACACUAUGUCAUAGGUUGUUACAUCCAUACAUAUUUUCAUGAUAAUUUGAAUUUAAACCUUGUGAAUGUAUUCAUCAUGACUGGUUUAUAAAUAUUUUUCCAGCCAAAAAGAAUGUGUUUGUUCAGUAAAGCUUGGCCGUUUCUUAUAUAAACUUAGCUUUUUGUUUGACAUUUUGUGAGAUAUUGAAAGCUGCAUUUUUAUGUAUUUUUGGAACACAUAAGAUUAAUCCUUAGCCUGCUAAAUUUCUAUAAUAGACUGGUCCAUCAUUCAGUUUGGGCAAUACCAUUUAUUAUUCGAAGGGGUGUUAACUGAAAAUUUACUGACUGAAUAGCGAACAGUGCAGACCAUGAUCAGACUGCACGGAUGUGCAGGCUGAUCUUGGUCUGCACUGGUCGCAAAGGCAGAAUUACUGCCGCCAGCAGGCAAAGGGUUAAUUGGGUCACUAAUAAAAUACAAAUAGUAGAGUAUUUUAACAAAUAAUCCCUGUGAGUAGUGCUACAUUUAUCCAUGUUGAUUGGACACAUUUAUUAGAAUUUAAUUGAUACAGGGUUAUGCAAUAAAAGUACAGUAUAAGUUUUGUAAACAUCUGACUUGCUUGAAUAACACAGUACUUUUAUCCCUGAAGGGUUUAUAGACCAGUAAAUUGAAUGGUAUUUGAAAACAAAAGCAGACUUUGUGGGGUAGCUAAAAUUACUGUACUUCUGACACAUUUAUUUCCAUUGGGCAGUCUUUGUUUUGUCUUUACUUUAUGUUAUAUUCUUAUUCUGUUUUGAGUGUGUUUGAAUUCAUGCAUAUAUGCAGAAAGUUACUUCCAGAUUUUUGAAAACAGAUGUAUCAAAAUUGGUAUUUAUGUAAGACAGUGUAAACAUUAUAUACAGGAAAGAAAGUUAGCCUUCUCCUAAUAAGGUAAAGGAAAGGUUCUCUUUUUUAUAGAAAAUCUGACAAAAUAGCUGCUAUUCCUCAGUAGUAGAAUGUUUGGAAAUUCUGUGAUAUACAGAGAGAAUUACAAUGUCUGUUGUCUCCCUUUGGAUUUUCUUAUUUGCAAAAAUUCAGUGAAUUAGAGUAGUAAUAAUUAAGCAAGAUUCAGCAAUACUGAUGAAACCAAUUCAAAAUGAUGAACAAACAACUCACUUUCAUGAAAAGCAAAUAUAAUGUUUUUGCAGAAUGAUGCAAAAAUGGCUAGAAAAUUCCAUUUAGUAUCCAAAUGUCCAUAUUUCGCUUGCUAUGUGUUAAUUUAUGGGAGGUUUACUUUAUUACAUUUUAUUUUUCUAAUGACUGCAGAUGGAUAUUUUAUCUUGUGAUCAAAGUAGACUUUUCUAAUGAAUGAAGGAGUUACCAUUUUCCAAAGAUAUGCUAAAUGAAUAUGUGCAUUUUGUGUUGAAAAAAAAAAUGAAAUAACCAAAACUGCAAGUUUGGUGUUUUGAAUGCCGGCCAUGGAUAUGAAGGUUAAAAUAACUUGUUUCUGAAGCAGUUUUGUUAAACUGUGUACAGGUUCCGAGGUCAGGAAAAAAUUAAUUUGAAACAAUUGUUUAUUUGAAUCCUUUAUAUGUUAGAUAUUUGAAAGAAUUAUGUACAUGUGUAUUAUAUAUUUAUGAACGAAUCAUGUUGAAACUGAAUUAAACGUGUCAUUUUACUGCAAAAUGAAA